AUGGGCGCAGUCGACAAGGGCCAUUUGCUGCAAUGGGUCCACGCCGAGACUAUGGAAAGACUCGCCAAGGACGAUCCCCAACACCGGAAGACAACCAGCGUCUCCGGCGUGCCCCACCCUGUUCCGCAGCCUCAAAGAGGCCCGGUAGCCCAACCACCCUGCUUCCUAGCACCAACAAAGUGCGCUCGCUACUCUCACCCUGCCUCCCAGCCUGCCUCCCAGCCGCCAUCAAACCCUGUCAGCUCUUCCCAGCCAGCGCGCCAACAACCUCCCAUACCUCAAAAGAGGGACGACGAGUUUGCUCAGAGACGGAGGCAGACAGAGUUGCGUGAGGCUAGCGAACGCCUGCGUAAACGGCGCGCGGACCUUGAUGCGCAAGAAGAAGCCCUGGUUGCUAGGUUGGCCGAAGUAGCUAAAGAUAUGGCCGCUUUAAAGCUGGAAGAAGAUCGGGCUCAUAAGAUGAAGGGAACCUAG